GCCGUACCAGGUGGAUUCCUACUCCAGAACAAAUAAGAAUCCUCAAGGAUCUUUACUAUGUCAAGGGAUUUAAGUGCCCAACUACAGAGCAGAUUCACGAGAUCUGUCUCCAGCUGAACCAGUAUGGGUAUGUUGAGGGUAAGAACAUUUACUUUUGGUUCCAGAACGUCAGGGCUCGAGAGAAGCAGAUGAAUAGGUGUAAUCAGGCUGCUCCAGUGCCCAUGGGAACUAGUUCUCUUGGUACUGGUAGAUCCAUUGAUCUCAAUUUUGGGUCCACUGGUUCUACUGGUGCUAGUGGAUCCAUCGACAUCAAUUUUGGGCCAGCUGGUGGAUCCAUUGACAUCAAUUUUGGGUCCACUAGUUCUACUGAUGAUGGUAGAUCCAUUGAUCUCAACUUUGGUUCCACCUAUUCUACUGGAGGACAAACAUCCCUGCAACAACGAGGAGGAGAUCACCAGGAGGUUCAAACUCUUCCUCUGUUCCCCGUGCACGGCGAGGACGUCUUUGGUAACCUGAAGACUACUUCCGAGGAAGGUAGUGCACAUGAUUACUAUUUCGGUGGCUCAGGCGGUUACAACCGUGGAUCUCCAGUUUCUCUUGAGCUCAGCCUCAACCCAUCCGGAGCUGCUGACUAGGCUUAGUACAGCAUAGUCCUCGUUUUCCUUUUUCUUUUUCUUUUUUUUUUUCUUUUUUUUUUUUUGUAAUAUAAACUCAAUAAGAUGGUGUGCAUGUUUUCUUUCCUGUUUGUUUAACCAACAACAACACCAAGGAUCGAACCUUGGUCACCCAAUACUAUUUUCAAAACCAUA